UAUGAUUAUUAUAAUAUGGUUUCAGAAUAUUAUAAAGAUAUGAUUAUCACGGUUCAACUUAUAGGUAUUCUAUAUUUGACAUUUUCAUCCGUAAAUGGACAUGGAAAUAACAAUUACAACAAUCUUCCAUCAUUAAUAACAAGACAACAAGUUAUUCGGCCUCUCCAUACUUCUCAAGUCCAGAAAACUCCUAGCAUUUAUAAUAUUGAACGAACGGCAGAAAGGGUGAACAUUCAUGACAAUUAUGACUCUACUGUUCCUGCAGUAACAUCAAGAUUUGCUUCAGGAUUUACAUCACAACAAAUAAUACCAAAUGUGAUACCAGGGGGAGUAUAUGCAGGGUCAUCAAAUAAUAAUGCCCAUGCGAGACAUAGUUCGACGUUAGGUGAAUGGAAUAGCUAUGGACAACGUGUUAAGAGAUUUGCAUUACCAAAUGUUUCUGUGAUACAGAAAAAGAAUCAAAUUGACGCAGCUAUAGCAGAAAACCAGCAUUUAAGAUCAACUCUACACAAUCUUGAUAAUGGAAUACCCAACGCCAAUGGAGUAGGCUCAUUUGUUCAUAAGCACAAAUCUAAAAUAGGAAAAAAACUUGCAAAGAAUGAACGCCUAGCAAAAGCUCUAAGUGAUAUACAAAAUGGUGGCGAUACAUUAAUGGUUCAUGGAGAGGUAUUAGAUAUAAACAAUCACCCAAUAGGUAAGGCCUUAUCUAAAAAUGCUAGGCUCAGUAAACGUCUUGAUGAUAUCCAUAACGACAACGAUUCCUUAUUUGUUCAAGGUUCAAAGAGAAAGGCAAUUAAAGAACUACGAAAAUCCAACACUGCACUAAAAAAAGAAAUCGUGAGAUCGAAAAUUCAAAGGAGGAAAACAAAAGCAAUGACCAAGAAGCAGAUAAAACAGGAAAAUGCUAUGGUUAGGAAACAGAUUGUUCAAGCAAAACGACAGAAAAACCAACAAAUUCCUAUCAUAUUAGAUAACACAAAUACAAUUAGUAUCCAACAAUCAAGUCUUCAGCAGCAAAAUUAUGUUCCAUCUUCAUUUGUUAUUGACCAAAGUCAUCCGAUUGGAUUAGCACUAGCAGACAAUAGAAAGCUACACUCUCAGUUAAAUGCCCCUAAUCCAAAUAUAAAUGGUCCGGUUACCUUUGUAGAUAAGUAUUCUUCUAACAUAGGAAAAGGUCUAGCAGAGAAUGAACGAUUAACAAAAUUAUUGAAUGAUAUUCAAUAUGGCGGCGACACUUUAGUCGUUCACGGCCAAUCGUUGGAAAUGCGUAAGCAUAAAAUAGGAAAAGGAUUGAUCGAGAAUGACCGAUUAAAUAAAAUGCUUUAUGACAUUCAAAAUGAGAAAGAUACCAUAGUUAUUGAAGGUUCAAAGAGAAAACUUAUGAAAGAAAUACGAAAGGCAAAUGCAUUAUUAAGGAGGCAAAUUAAUAAAGCGAAGCAACAACAAAAGUAUAUGAAGAAUAAAACACUAAAAGAAAUACGAAAAGAUAAUGCUUCUCUUAAAAGAACUAUACGACGAAAUCAUUGAAAAAAACUUAUAAUAAAGUGAUAGAAUAUAGACAUGUUCAGGUUUGAACUUGCACAAAAUAGACUAAUGGAAAAGUCCCUACUGUACACACACAGACACAGACAUUUUUUAAUUAAACUUUUUACACAAAUAAAAACGUAAAAAUGGAA